AUGAGCGAGAUUGAUAUUGAGUCUGGAAUACUCACUAGCCAAGUGAGAGAUGACGAGGAAAAGGUGGUCCGAGUGCAGUCGGCUCCAGAAGCGCCUGUUUCCAUUUAUCAGGGCAAAGAACUUUAUAUGAUAAUUGGUGUAUCUGCGACAGCCAGCUUCCUCUCUACUGUAUCAGUACCCAUUUAUCUACCAGCAUUCCCAGACCUUGAAAGGGACUUUAAUGUCACUGUCGAAAAGAUGAAUCUAACAGUGACCAUCUAUUCAAUUUUUCAGGGUGUAUCUCCCAUCUUUUGGGGCACCUUGUCUGACACAAUCGGUAGAAGGCCGGCAUUCGUGUCAUGCUUAAUAGUAUAUGUUGGUGCAUGUAUAGGAUUAGCAUUGUCUCCAUCAUAUUGGUUCUUAUUUGGCAUGCGAAUUCUGCAAGCUUUUGGAGGAGCCUCAACAGUGGCUAUUUUGAAUGGAAUAAUUGGCGACCUAACAUCAAGGAAGUCUAGGGGUAGCUAUGUUGGAAUUGCAUCAGGACUCACAUUAAUGGGCAAUUGCUUUGGUCCACUGAUAGGUGCUGGAAUUACCUCAGGUAUGGGUUGGAGAGCUAUGUUCUGGUUCCUAGUUAUUACAGCAGGAGCCAUUCUUUUGCUAGUCUUGUUGAUCCUGCCAGAAACCAAUAGAUUCAUAGUAGGAGAUGGCUCGUUUUAUCCAACAAAAAUAUAUAAUCAAUCUCCGUAUGCAUUUUUUAGAAGUAGAAGCACUGGUGUACCAUUUCGUAAACAAGAUCCUGAAUAUGAACAAGCGAGGCCCUCUGGAUCCCACAAGUUAGACGUCCUAGCUGCAAUUCGAAUUUUAAUGGAAUGGGACGCAAUUUUAGUUCUGAUCCCUGCCUCUCUUCAUUAUACCACAUGGUUCAUGGUGUUGACUGCUCAGUCCACUCUUCUCAGUGCGAAUUAUAAUUUUUCGACAGCAAAAAUCGGAUACGCCUAUCUGGCAAGCGGUGUUGGUAGCAUCGUUGGUAGUGUACUUGCGGGAAGAGUCAUGGCCCGGUCGUACAACAAAGCCAUGGCAGCGUAUAAACAAAAGUGCAUAGAUGACGGUUUAGAAAUUGACAUUUCAAAUUUUGAUCUUCCGAGAGCUCGACUAAAGCCAACAUUUUAUCCCUCUUUCGCCUUAGCAGCAUUUGCCAUUGUGUUUGGUUGGACCAUAGAGAAGAAAGUUCAGUACGUCGUUCCAAUACUAGCUACCUUCUUUAUCUCUAGUUCAUCCAUGUAUUUCGUCAACACUUCUAUGACGUUAUUUAUCGACCUAUUUCCUGAAGAUUCCGCGAGUGCAUCUGCUGUUGUUAAUCUUGCUCGGUGCUUGGUAUGUGCUGCUGGGUUAGCUGUGGUUGACAGAAUGAUUAGCACCUUGGGAGCAGGAGGAACAUUUACACUUAUGUCUGGUAUUUGUCUUGUGUCAAUGCUUUCAAUUUUGCUUGAGAUUCGUAUUGGGAGCAAAAUUGACAUAAAGCGAAGAUUGAAAAAGGGCCAACAUGUAAGACUUUAA